CCGAUAUUCUCCGAGUGUAAACAUCUACUUCCGUUAACGCAAAUAAUUCCCGCCGUUUCCAUCAAGCAUUGUGUACAACUUGGACGACUGAAUAAACAUCGAAAAAUGCCGCCCAGAGAUUACCAGGCAGAACUUGACAAAAUAAAGACUUUCCUGCGAGAAUUUUACAAAGACGGAGAUGACAGUGGUAAAGAUUUUGUAUAUGGACAACAGCUGGUGAGGAUUGCACACAGAGAACAAGUUGCCCUGACAAUAGACAUAGAAGAUGUACAGGAACAUGAUCCAGAUCUGGCUCUGGCCAUGGUGGAAAACACCAGACGCUAUAUCAACUUGUUUGCUGAUGCUGUUCAAGAAAUACUUCCCGACUACAAAGAAAGGGAGGUUGCAAAUAAAGAUGCAUUAGAUGUUUACAUAGAACACAGAUUAUUGAUGGAACAGCGUAAUCACCCUGAAGGACAAGAAGUCACCAGAGAUCCAAGGAAUAAAUAUCCUGCUGAGCUCAUGAGAAGAUAUGAAGUUUAUUUCAAACUACCACCACAAGAUAAACAUGUAGCUAUACGAGAGGUGAAAGCUGAUUGUAUAGGAAAAUUAGUGUGUGUGAAGGGUAUCGUAACCAGAGCUACAGAGGUCAAACCAAUGUUGAUGGUGGCCACCUACACAUGUGAUACCUGUGGUAACGAGACAUACCAACCUAUAAAUUCUCCCUCCUUUAUGCCUUUGAUCAUGUGUCCAAGCCAGGAGUGUACCACAAACAGAUCUGGUGGCAGACUAUACCUACAGACUAGAGGAUCAAAGUUUGUCAAGUUCCAAGAAGUCAAAAUUCAAGAACAUAGUGAUCAAGUCCCAGUAGGAAACAUUCCCAGAUCUAUGACCGUGUACUGUAGAGGUGAAAUGACACGUAAUACACAACCUGGAGACCAUGUCAGCAUCACUGGAAUAUUUUUGCCAUUGAUGAAAGCUGGGUAUACUCAGGUACAAUCUGGUUUACUGGCCGAGACAUACCUAGAAGCUCAUAGAUUGGUAAAAAUGAACAAAACAGAAGAUGAUGAGUUAUCAGCCGAAGAACUUUCAGAGGAUGAGAUUAGACAGGUUGCCCAGGAUGAUUUCUACGACAAGUUAGCCAGCAGUAUAGCACCAGAAAUAUACGGCCAUGAAGAUGUUAAGAAAGCUUUGUUAUUGUUAUUAGUAGGUGGAGUGGAUAAAACACCUAGAGGAAUGAAAAUCAGAGGCAAUAUAAACAUCUGUCUGAUGGGAGAUCCUGGUGUGGCCAAAUCUCAGUUGUUGGGUUUCAUUGACAGAUUGGCACCAAGAUGUCAGUACACCACUGGAAGAGGAUCUUCAGGUGUUGGUCUAACAGCCUCUGUUACCAAGGAUCCCAUUACAGGGGAGAUGACUCUAGAAGGAGGUGCUCUAGUCCUGGCUGAUCAAGGUGUUUGUUGUAUAGACGAGUUUGACAAGAUGAUGGAUGGGGAUAGAACUGCUAUUCAUGAAGUUAUGGAGCAACAGACAAUUUCUAUUGCCAAGGCAGGAAUCAUGACCAGUUUAAAUGCUCGUGUGUCCAUCCUGGCUGCUGCUAAUCCAGCAUAUGGAAGAUACAACCCCAAAAAAUCAUUAGAACAGAACAUUCAGCUUCCAGCUGCACUUUUGUCCAGGUUUGAUGUUCUUUGGCUUAUCCAGGACAAGUCAGACAGAGAAAAUGAUCUGAGACUGGCUCAACAUAUCACAUAUGUCCACCAACAUAACAUUCAACCACCUACGCACUUCACACCACUGGACAUGAAAUUAAUGAGGAGAUAUAUUGCACUGUGUAAGAAAAAGCAACCAACAGUUCCUGAAACAUUGGCUGACUACAUUACAGGAGCAUAUGUAGAAAUGAGGAAAGAGGCCAGAAAUAGCAAAGACACAACAUUUACCUCAGCUAGAACUUUACUUGCUGUUUUAAGAUUGUCUACAGCUCUGGCUAGAUUAAGACUUGCUGAUGUGGUAGAGAAAGAAGAUGUGAAUGAGGCCAUGAGGUUGAUGGAAAUGUCUAAAGAUUCACUUAAUACAUCACAUAGUGUACACAACAGAACACAGAAUGUUGUUGACCAGGUAUUUGCUUUGAUUAGAGAAAUGCUCCCCCUGAAGGGCCCCAGAACAGUCAAGAUAACGGAUGUCAUGGAACAGUGUACCUCAAAGGGAUUCAAACCAGAUCAAGUGGAUGCUUGUAUUGAGGAAUACGAAGAACUGAAUGUGUGGCAGGUCAACCAAGCCAAAUCUAAAAUCACCUUUGUGUAAUUCAAAUUGUGGAACGUUUCAGAUCUAACAUUGAUGUGUUCAGAAAGACAGACAAAAUGUGUUCAGAUAUAUUAAGUUAUAAAAAUCAUCGUUAAAACCUAUGGUAUUUAAAUAUGCUUAAAAUAAGAAUUUAAACCAAAGUGUGUUCUGACAGAUAUUACAUGGGUUUAAAAUUUUGUUCAAAACCAAAAUGUGUUCAAAAUUUUUAAGAUCAAUGUGUUUGUUUAAAAAUAUGCAAACUAAGAUGUGUUUGGUAUAAAUUGUGAAACAAAAUGUUAAAUCAUGUGUAGUAAAAAUAUGUGAAAUAUAUAUAUUUAAAAAUUAAUUUUCUAUGGUUUUAUAAAAUUAUUAAGAUUUUUAAUUGUAUAGUUCCAGCAAGUAAUUCAUCAAUUAAACUAUAGUAAAAGGAAGUUUUCAAGAUACUAAAUCAAUGCGUUAUUCAUUUUACUCAUAUUUAUUAUUAACUGAAAAGUAUGAAUAUCAUUAGAAUGUAUAAUUUUUCAAAAUGUGUACAAGUUUAAAACAGCCAUCUGUUAAUAUUGUACUUGAGUAUUUCAAUUUGAUCAUGUAUAUAUCAUAUUGUAUUAAACUUCAAGAAUAAAACUAUCUACAGAU